AUUAUAGAUGAUUUUCUCUUUCUUUGAAACAUAUAUUUAUAUAUAAAUAGAGGCAGAUACAUGUAACCUCAGCAUUGGUAUCUCAAAAAAUAUUUGCCAUCUCUCUCUCUCUCAUCACUAUUCGUCGUUUGUUUCUCUCUCAUUCAAAUGUCAAUAAACCAAUACUCAAGCGAUUUCAACUACCACCACUCUCUCAUGUGGCAACAACAGCAGCACCCCCACCACCACCAUCAAAACAACGUCGUGGAGGAAAAGGAAGCUCUUUUCGAGAAACCCUUAACCCCAAGUGACGUCGGAAAACUCAACCGCCUUGUCAUCCCAAAACAGCACGCCGAGAGAUACUUCCCUCUCGCAGCAGCCGCCGCAGACGCGAUGGAGAAGGGAUUACUUCUCUGUUUCGAGGACGAGGAAGGUAAGCCAUGGAGAUUCAGAUACUCGUAUUGGAACAGUAGCCAGAGUUAUGUCUUGACCAAAGGAUGGAGCAGAUACGUCAAGGAGAAGCAGCUCGACGCUGGUGACGUAAUUCUCUUCCACCGCCACCGUGUUGACGGAGGAAGAUUCUUCAUUGGGUGGAGAAGACGCGGCAACUCUUCCUCCUCUUCCGACUCUUAUCGCCAUCUUCAGUCCGAUGCCUCGCUCCAAUAUUAUCCUCAUGCAGGAGCUCAAGCGGUGGAGAGCCAGAGAGGGAAUUCGAAGACAUUAAGACUGUUCGGAGUGAACAUGGAGUGUCAGCUAGACUCCCACUUGUCCGAUCCAUCUACACCUGACGGUUCCACCCUAUGUCCAACCAGUCACGACCAGUUUCAUCUCUACCCUCAACAACACUAUCCUCCUCCGUACUACAUGGACAUAAGUUUUACAGGAGAUGUGCCCCAGACGAGAAGCCCACAAGGAUAGAAAAAUAGUUCAGAUCUGAUCACUGUCAUGUUUUAGUUGUUGAUCCCUUACUUUUACAAGGUUCAUUUUGUAUUAUUUAAAGCAAAAUCGCAUUGAUUCUUCGUUUAACCUUUCUCAGUUUUCACUCUCUUCUUUUUAUUCCUAUAUGUAUUUGAUUCUUUUAUAUACAUUAGUUAACAAUUGUAUAGAGUUCAAAGCUCUCGCUAUUCUAGAAUUACCUUUAUAUACAUAUUGAGGGAAAAUGAUUCACCUAAAUCAGAUAUAUGUCAGUAUGUCACAACCAGAGGCCAGCCUGCUAUACAUUUAAAAAGGGAUUUGUCUUAGGCCCCAAAAUAUAUUAUGAUUUUAAGGGCCCCCAAUUUUAUGAUAGUGUGUUGGUGUCCUAGUGGUUUUGUUGUUACGCAACCGAUUGUUAGUGUCCCACGUUCGAGUUACUUAUGGUUUUCGUUCUUUCGUUUACUUUCAAUGUCACCGUCCUGUUUUCUUACGCAGUGAUAUUUCUUUCUUCUCUUU